GGGAUCCGAAUUCAUUCUCUCUAAACUCCCUUGUAAAAGCACCCGUGUAUUCUCCGUUAUAAUAUAAAUUGGGCUACAGGUGUUCCACCUAAAGUCCUACCGGUCAAUUUGCGUGUUUUACCUUUCUUACUUUGCCAAAUCAAGCAAACUAUUCUAGACCCGGUUUAGUAUAGUUUGACCGGUCAAGUAAUUUACACCAUCAUUUUUGGCGCCACCCGUGGGACAGUUAAGGUUUCUUCUCUUCUAAAACCUACCCACAAGAAAACCACUCGAAAUGUCUUCCAGCCAACAGAUCAACGCUAUUUCCGCUCAGGUGCAGGCCACCAAUAAGGGUGCCAGCAUCCCAGUGGCUGCAACCAUACCGUUCAUUUCAGCCCCGGUGUUGCUGAGCUCCGUCCCAACGGCCAGCGUGAUCAGUCCCUUCGCGACCCCCGUCCCUUCCGCUGGACCGAGGGUAACGUUCCCACCAAGCAUGACUCAGUUCAUGAAUGACCCAGCCAACCUACAAGCCAUCCAGGGCUUUGGCCAGGUCAUGGCCAUGUGCCAACAGAAUGGGGGGAUGCCUUUUCUCCCUGGUAUGUUCCCGUUCGCUCUUCCAGGCGCGGGGACCAUGCCCCUACAAACUCCGAUGGCGGUGACGUCGUUCCAGACGCCGAUGCCGCAGCUAUCGCCUUUCCAGCCCCAGCUAGUCAGCACCAUGGCCCCUGUCAACUUGACCGACGCACUUAACGCUGCGGGGCCGUCGCGUCCCCCGCAAGCUACGAAUCCGCAAAUCACUCCUGAUGGUCAUUGCGUCUCAAUUGAGAGCGAUGACGGCGAGUGGGACAUCCCGAGGGCCCACAAGAAGAAGAAAGGAAAAAACAUCCGGCCAGCGACCUCCCGAAACUCCGCCUUCGAAAGGCUAGGGGAUAGGGAGGAAGGCCAGAGGAAGUCAGCCAAGCAAAGGCUGGGGCAGAGCGUUGCCCAUGUCAGCGCGUUCGCCUAGCUAGGCGAGGUGCGGGAGGCCGAGCCUGCCCGCACCCGGCGCUCCCGGUCUAACCGGCAGGAGCCAGCGAGGACGAGGGCCUCUCGUCAAGAAGAGGAAGCAGAGAGCCAGCCCAGGUUACCGGUGGCGAACCGGUUGACCAUCCCAAAUGACCGCGUCCAGCAGAUGGAGGUAAAACUAGAGGGGCUGAAAAAGAAGGUCGGGGAGAAGAAUGACCGGGAAAACUAGAGAGGCUGGAAAAACCCUUGGCGGGGUCCCCGUUCACCACAAGGGUCCAUCU